AUGGACGAGAACCAAUCGAGAGUGGGUGAUUUGCCGCGCGCGAAGACUUACGGAACAGUGGAGGUGGGGGAACUAGAGGUGGCGCAGUGCGUGGUGUCCAAACGGGUGUCUGACUCGUGGGUGAACGCGACACAGCUGGCCAAGCUUGUUUCUGUCAUCCGGCCCAAAAUCUCGGGCUCUUUGGAGUCACAGGCCAAGCAGGGUGCGCACGAGAUCGUCCAGGACGGUCCAGCAGAGCUCCACGGCGUGUGGGUGUCCAUUGAGCGGGCAACCAGCCUGUGCAAAGAGUACGACAUCUACACUCCUCUGGCCCCGCUGUUUGCCUACUCCGGCCAAAAAGACCUUGCACGGACCGUUUCGAGUCUCACAGAGCCGGACGAGGUCUCCUCCCCCGCAAAGAAAGUGAAAAUCGAUACAAACCUGCCCGCCCUGGAGGUGUUCAACCACGACAGCCCGGCACAGAACACCAACAGCCCGUACGCCCUGGCCCCGGUGCCCGACAACGAGGUGGACGAAAAGAGUAAAGUGGCAUUGUCGUCGCUGUUCUUGCCCAACCAGAAGGAAAUGUCGCUCGACAACGUGGUUAUCGACGCCCCGAUCGACGACAAUGGCCAGACAGCACUCCAUCUGGCAGCCACACUCGGCCGCAUCUCGCUGGUGAAAGAUCUGGUUUCUCGCGGCGCUAAUAGACUGCGUGGCGACAACGAUGGCCAGACCGCGCUGAUCAGAGCCGUUCAUGCUACAAAUUGUCUGGAAAACUCGUGUUUCGACUCGCUUCUGGACUAUCUAUACCCAGCAAUCACUAUUCUCGACCACAAGGGCCGGUCCAUCUUGCACCAUAUCGCGUACACGUGUGGCCGCAAGGGCCGCAACGAGGCCUGUAACUACUACCUGGAGACGCUGCUGGAAUGGGUGGUGAAAAGAGGCCCCUCUUUGCCAGAGGGCCAGCAAAUGAGUCUGACUUCGUUCAUGCAGGAGGUAGUGAACAUCCCAGAUCGCAAUGGCGACACUUGUUUGAACAUCGCAGCCAUGGUGGGAAACAAGCAGAUCAUCCAGCAACUGUUGGAAGUUGGGGCCGACCCUAAUAAACCCAACAAGGCCGGCGUGCGGCCGGUCGACUGCGGAAUCAACGUCAGCUCUGCCAGAGCCCCGCUGCACAACCCGUCCGUGUCGCAGACGGUGCCAGAAACGCCGAAAAUGAGCAGUUUGAAGAUCCUCGAGUCGUUGCAAACGUUUGUGUCGCAGCUCGGAAAGGACUUCAAGGACGAGCUGGACUCGAAAACCAAGCAGGUCGACGAGAUCCACCCGAAACUGCGCGAAAAAACGUACAAGCUGUCGGAGAACCGCAAGCAGUUUGACGAGCUGCACAAGCUGGUGCGCAAGAUCGGCGACUAUAAAACCAAAAUCAUCAACCUGGACAACGCGAUCCGCGAGGAAGAGCAGCGGUUCAAUGAGGAAACAAAGGAACUUCCUAUCAACUCCAAGACCUUCGACGGGGACUUCGACGCCGACGAGCCGUUCACCGUGUGGUCUGUGUAUAACGAGGUCGAGAGACGUCUUCAGGAAGCCAAGCCGCAGCCGACUUCGGUUGCAGACUUUAUCAACAACAUCGACGCUUCCACGCUGUUGGCCUCCGAGCAGCUCGACGAGCUGCCACCGUCGGUGAUUCUGGAAGCCAGAAUCAACGCCUAUACCAAGAACAACGCCAUGCUGAUUGAGAGAACGAAGAGCCGCCGCUCUUCUAGUCAGGAGCUCGAACAGCAGUUCAAACGUGUCAUUGGGCUCUGCAUUGGAAGCGCGGUCGAGGACAUCGACGAGAAAUUGCUGGGCAGUUUGUUACUGAGCGUGGAGAACGAUCCGGAUCCAGAAAUCAGCCAGAUCAGAAAGGUGGGGGCAGGUUCAUCGGCUCAGGAUACGGUCUGCCAUACUGCUGAGGAGCAGGCUGCUGGUAUUGCUGAGGAACCGGCUGCUGGUACUGCUGGUACGGUGCAGGCUGGUUGUAGUGAGGAGACCCAGGCUGUGGGUAGUACUGUUGGGAAUGCAUGA